AUGAAUUACAAUAUUAUUAUGCCAUCGGUAGUAUUUCAACCGUUACUACAAAAUUCGAUUGGCUUCAAAAAUCUUAAUAGUACCUAUGCGGACCACUAUAAAUGGAAACAAUACCAUCACACAUUGAAAGAUAAAAAAAUUUCACCGUAUGGACAAGAAUAUCAAAAACAACAACUAAAAAUUCAACAGCAAUCAAACAAAUCACCAAAAUCUGAACAUUCACAGUCAGAAUCAUUAAUGACAAUAAAACGUGUAGAAAAUCGUCAAGAAAAAAGAUCUGAUGACAAUAAUGUUAAGUCAGUCAAAUUCAAACAUGACGAUACACUCAUAGACGAUCCGAAUGACAGUGAAAAGGCAGUGUACAUCGUAGAAUGGAAGCGUCGACCAUCUUCAACCAUCGAAAAUCAAUCUGUCAAACAUAAGCUUGAAACAGAGGUUCCACAACGUCCAAAAACUGUCAUUGCGAAGAGUACGACGGAAAAAGAUGAAACAAUAGAAAAAACACCAAUUAAACGAGUGCCCAUUGAUCCGAACGAUCCAACACGUCACUGGUUAACAUAUCCAAAUCCUACUACACCACAAUAUUUAAUCGAUAUUAAAAAACGACUUGGUCAACUGCGAUCAGAUCCACCAAAACUGUAUGAGAGUGAACGUUCAUUAUCAGCUUUAAGUCAAAAUCAAGUAUCGAAUAAUGAAAGAAAUCAACAAUCACGUCCAUCGUUUGCUUCUCAACCGGUUGAGCAUAAUUUCUUAAGUUAUAUCGCCAAUGAAACCCCGUUAGAACUUCGCACUUCUCGUUAUCGUUUAAGAAAAGAACGUUAUAAUCCAUCGUUAGAUAAUUUUCCCUCAUCCGAGGUCAAAGAAGCAUUUACUCGCGACCAGCGGCCACAUACGGUACCAGUUAGUGUACAACGACAAAGAGAAGACGAAUUAGAAAAGAAGCAAACAGAUGAUGAAAGCACCAACAGUCAGGUGUGGACAACUAUGCCAUCAUCCAAUUCGUCUGUUGUACAACAGCAAGAAAAUGGUGAUCAAAAUAGUAGCGAUACAGUUUACGUUCAAGUUGUAGACUGUGACGGACUUCCAAAUGAAUACAUUGAUGCAUUAGAAACAGCGUCUGAUGCACAAGAACAUCAUGAAACGAAUAAAUAUUCAUCACAUCCAACAUACUAUGAAUCACAACAAAAACAACGAGAAAACAAUUUAGAUGAAUGGAAUUAUAACGAAAGACCAACGAGACGACCGAUGACAAGUUUAAAUGCCGUUGCUGAUAGAACAGAGACCCCACCCUAUCGUGUUUCAUCAGCAAAUGGUACUCAUCGAUUAAACAGAGAAACAAUAACACCGGUAGGAGAAACAGCUCGAAAACGUUUUGUUGUUUGCCAGUAG